UUUGGCAGUUGAGGCUCGCGGUGGGCGUGAGACGGCUUUCGCGAAGAGCGACGGCUAGCAGCUAACCUGAGGCGGAUGUUUUUUUUAAAUUUAGAAAAAUUCGGCCGACGAGGAACGGAGACGAAAUGUUGUCUUUGAAUUAGCGAGUUAUGAGAUUUUUCUUCGUCUGUUUACGAACGAGUCGUCCGGCACAGUAGCUGAUAAACCAUAGAUGCUUGUUUGAAUUGUUCGUCUUGUGGACAUCACUGUCGGAUUUGACCUGCUUACCUACUGAAGUCCUGAUCAGGCUUUGCGGUCCGUCAAUGAGGAACUACAGGCUCAUAUUCUGCCACAACCUGAAGCAGCCAUAGAUGACCAUUCGAUUUUCCGAGAGUGGGCGGAGUAGGAGCUAAAGUGAACUUUUGGGUGUUUGCGUGCUCAAAGACCAAAAGGAAGCAGCCCAGCUGUGGAAGCGAUGAGGAAGAGCCUCUCUCCUGCCCUCAGCGACUCCCUCAGCACGGCCAGGGUUUUUGGGAUCCCUUUGGAAGAGGUUCGGCAGAGUGGACAGCCCGGGCAGGAGGUCCCCCUGCUGGUUAAGCAUAUUGUGGAGUACAUAGAGGAACAUGGGCGCCUGGACCUGGAGGGCCUGUUCCUGGUGAAUGGAAACGCAGAGCGUGUGGAGUGGCUGCGGCAGCGCUAUGACAGCGGCGAGGAGGUGGACCUGGAGAAAGAAGCUGAUCUAGCUUCAGCCGUCAGCCUGCUGCGCCUCUUUCUGCAGGAGCUCCCUGAGCCAGUGGUGCCCAUCAGCCUCCAGGGGCACAUUCUGCAGCUGUACCAAGACUACAGCAGUGAAGAGGAGUUGGCCAGGAACAUGAAAUAUUUCUUGCAGCAGCUGCCUCAGGUUAACUAUAGCCUGCUGCGCUUCCUUUGCCGCUUCCUGUCUGGUGUAGCGUCUCUUCAGGAGGACAGCUGGAGCACCGGAGGUCUGGCUGCUGUCUUUGGCCCUGAUGUCUUCCAUCUGGACACAGAUGUUGAGGACCUCAAGGAGCAGGAGUCGGUGAGAAGGAUCCUGACCGAGCUGCUGGAGAAUCAGGAGGAAUACUUUGACUCAGAGGAAGAUGAUGUCUCCACUACCAAUGAUUACAGCUCCAUCAAUGAGCAAAUAACAGAGCUAUUGGAUGAUGACAAACUGGAGUCCUGUGAGGAGCUGCCCAGGGAUAAUGAGGGGGGCCCUGAAGAUGGACCUCCAUCAGACAGCCCCGAGGUCUCCCCAUCCUCCAGUGCACACAUCUCACCUAUCAGCCUCCUGCCAGAGUCUGCAGAGAUUAUCAAAAGAACCAUCUGUGCUGCUGUGGAGCAGCACUUCCUUGACCUGACCAGCUCAAUAGGCCAGGAAGUCAGCAAGUAUGAUGGCACGUCCAUCGAGACAUGCCCAGGGGAGGACCCAGCUGAGGAGCUGGUGACAGAAAUAGCAGAUGAUGAUGACCAGCAGAGCCACGUGUUCUCUCCACAGCCUGUCCUGCAGGAGGACCAGGGAUCUGAGGAUGAAGAAGAGAACCAGCAGGAAGUGCAGAGCUCUCUGUGUCACACAGCCCUGCUGGAAAGUUCUGGAAUGGACCUUGACACUGAAGCUUUGGUAGAUGCUGAGAAUAACAUCAACUCAGCAAGACAGGAGAACCACCAGCCAUGUGAAAAGAUGGACAGGGACAAUAUCAUCACCUGUAUACCCAGCGAAGGGGAAUGUGAUCUGAACGCCAACUCGGAGCCUGGGCAGUGUCCUACCCAGCAUGCCAGCAUGGCUCACCUGGAGCUGCCACACGUCUUCCCUGAUGGGGAGAGGGAAGGGCCAUGUCCCUACACUUUACCCCACAUUGACUUCUCAUGUAUGCACCUGCAGAAAGAAGGGCAGGAUCCCGUACCCGCCUUCAUGUCGUGGCAGGAGGAAGGCGAGGUGGGCGAGGCGCAACUGUCUCCCCUGGCAGGCCGCAUGGUGCCCCUGCCUCUGGAGGAGGACGCCCCCCCACUACUAGCUCGCCGCUUCCUGGACUUCGGUCACAGUCAGCGGUUCCUGCAGCAAGACCCAGAGGGAGCAUCGCCCUCCAAAGUGCUGCCCUGCGGGAGGCCCCGCCGUGCCUCCUUCAGUUCCAAAGAGAGUGUGAAGGGUGAUACAGUCUCUCAGCAGCUCACCAAGAAACUCCAGAACCUCAAGAAGAAGAUAAAGCAGUUUGAAGAGCAGUUUGAGAAAGAGAGGAACUACAAGCCUUCUCAUGGAGACAAGGCAGCGAACCCUAAGGUGUUGAAAUGGAUGACAGACCUGACUAAAAUCCGCAAACAGAUCAAAGGAAGACCACCUCUCUUUCACAAAGGCUCCCUGAGGCAUCAGGCUGUGCUUCAGUCACACAGACGCCACUCUUCCUCCUCUUCCUCCUCCUCAGCCCCGAACGCACCCCAUUUAACACUUGUGCAUCCCCCUACUUCCUCUAAGCAGGCGCCCCUUCUCUAUGCCAAGCAGAAAGCUGAGGGUGAGCUGACUCCCCACACGCGGCCCCGUAGCAACACUCUCCCCAAGAGCUUUGGCUCCACACUGGAGCACGCAGAGCAUGAGGUUGGUUCAGAGGGCUUCGAGGCCCGGGGCCACUGGCCUACUCGUGAGGAGACUCUGGAGAUGAUCCAACAGCAUUUGAGGGACAGGCGAAAGGAGGAUGGCUGGCCUGAGGACGUUAGGAAAAUGACCAAGGAGCAGCUCUCUUGUGAGAAAGGAGUGCUGCAGAAGAACCUGCUGCACUAUGAGAGUCUCCAUGGACGACCUGUAACCCGUGAGGAGAGGCUUAUUGUUAAACCAUUGUAUGAUCGCUACCGCCUGGUCAAACAGAUGCUGACCCGUGCCAGCAUAACCCCCAUAAUCGCCUCGCCCUCCAGCAAGCGCAGGAGCCAAAUGCUGCAGCCCAUCAUCGAGGGCGAGACGGCUCAUUUCUGCGACGAGAUCAAGGAGGAGCUAGAGGAAGAAGAGCCGUCUAUGACCUUGGAGGAAGGCGGAGUGCUCAGUGAGGGCUUCGAGGUCAUCAUCGCUCUUGAUGCAGCUGCUGUGCCCAGCAGCCAGCAGCUUCGACCCGGUGUUCUGCUUCACCCCCCAGUAGAGCAGACCUCUGGAAAACUGGCUCUAGACCUGCGCCUGUCCAGCACCAAUGCAUCUUCCAUGCCCGAGCUCCUGGAGCAGCUGUGGAAAGCCCGAGCGGAGAAGAAGAAGCUGAGGAAGACGAUCCGGGAGUUUGAGGAUGAGUUCUACCAGCAGAACGGCAGGAAUGUGCAGAAAGAGGACCGCAUCCCCAUGAUGGAUGAGUACAAGGAGUACAAGCGGGUCAAAGCCAAGCUCCGUCUGCUGGAGGUGCUCAUCAGCAAGCAGGACUCCUCCAAGUCCAUUUAGAGACCCUGCUGCCGGCUGUGCAGCGGGGGGUCCUGCAUCCCACCCCCUCACCUUUUCUGCUCAUCUCUUCACGUCAGGUGUCAGGUUGGGGACCUUUGCUCUUCCAUGGAAGGUUGAGGAAGAACCACAACUUGAUAGGCACGGUUUUAUUUUUUCGCAGAAGUUAGAAGGAAUUUUUUUUUCUCCACCGCCUUCUGAGUUCAUAAAAUUCAUACUGGGUUUUUCCUCUGUUACUCUGUUCCUCAUUCUUUUUUUUCUUCUUUUUUUUUUUUU